AUGGAAAACCAAGGUGACAUCACCUUGCUGAACGAUGUCGAUGCUCUUAGUACAAACUACACUAUCAAGGUGAAGAUUGUUAGUUUGUGGAGAAAGAAGAUAAGAGGUAAUGAAAGAGAGACGCAUCGUAUUGAUAUGAUACUGAUGGAUGAAAUGGGUACCAAGAUUCAAGCUUUUUGCUUACAUAAGCUAUUUCCAAAGUUUGAGAGACAUCUAAAUGUCGAUGAAUGCCUUAUUAUAAAACAGCCAUCUCUUGCUGCGAACACUGCAUCGUUCAAGAUUGUUCCUAACAAUCAGAAGCUAUCUUUUUACUAUCACAUGUUUGUGGAAAAGUGUAGUAAAUGGGAAGGUCCGCAGUACGUUUUCAAUUUUGUUGAUUUCGAUGAUGUUGUUACACAUAGAAUCAAGGAGGGUACGACAGUAGAUUUCAUUGGUUACACUGUUGUUUGUUAUAAGAUUGAGGACACUAACAAAAAGGAUGGUAGUAAAGGGAAACGUCUCAAUCUUAAGCUUCAAGAUCUCGAAGAUGUUCAGAUCGAUUUAACUCUUUGGGAUGAUUAUGCUAAGGACAUGUAUUCUUACAUGGUUAGUAAAAAUCGUGAAGCACAUGUUGUCGUUGCUGUCCAUUUUGGUGCUGUUAAGACGUACAAAGGUAAAUGGGGGAUUUCUAAUUAUUUUGAUGCUUCACGGCUUUUCAUUAACGACAAUUUUGAUGAGAUGCUAUCGUUCAAGGAAAAGUUUCUUUCAAAACUUGCUGCUUCAACCGAGUCAAGUAGCCAUGCCGGGUCAUAUAUGAUGUGUUCUGUGGAAGAUGAAUUUUUAAACAAUGAUGUUUUUUCACAAAUUGCUUAUCUUGGCUCAAUCAUAGAGCCAAAGAAAGUGGUUAUUGUUGGAACUAUCGUAGCAAUCGUUUCUGAUAAGAUGGGGUAUUAUGAUGGGUGUAACCAUUGCAAGUCCAAACUUGAGCAAAAGUUUGAAACUUAUGAUAAGGAAAAAGGAACAAGUGAUGUUAGAGAUGAGAAGGUGUAUCAAUGUUCCAACAAGGAUUGUCAAGGAAAAGAAUUUUUCCCGCUGUCCAGCUUUAAAUACCAAUUCGGGUUCAAGAUUCAACCGGUACGGUGA